AUGGAUCAAGAUGAUAUUGUUUGGUCUAUAAUAAAAGAUACAUUUUGUUCAUUCAAAAUCAAAACAGACACUUCAAAUUUUUGCCGAAAUGAAUAUAAUUUAUCAGGUUUAUGCAAUCGCACUCACUGCCCGUUGGCUAAUAGUAGAUAUGCUACUGUUAGAGAAGAGAAGGGUAUUAUCUAUCUCUUCUUAAAAACUGCUGAAAGAUCUGUUUAUCCAAAAAGACAGUGGGAGAAGAUAAAACUAUCAAGAAAUUUUCAAAAAGCUAUACAACAAAUGAAUGAACAUAUGCUAUAUUGGCCGGGUCCAUUAAAAUCUAUGUGUAAACAGCGUUUUGUAAGAAUUACUCAAUAUUUAAUUCGAAUGAGAAAACUCAAACUUAAAACUCAGAAAGAAUUAGUUUCAUUGCCAAGAAAAGUGGAAAGACGAGUUAAAAGGAGAGAAUAUAAAGCUGAAAUUGCUGCUCGUCUUGAUAAUGUUAUUGAGAAAGAAUUGGUUGAAAGACUCAAAAAAGGAACUUAUGGUGAUAUGUAUAAUAUUAACCAACAAGCAUUCGAAAAAGCACUUGAGAAAGAAGGUGAAGAAGAUGAAGAUAAUGAUGAUGCUGAUGAGUACACUGCAGCAGAAGAUGAAUCUGACAUAGGAGAUGAUAAUGAUGAAAUGUUUGACAGUGAUAUAGAAGAUGGUGAUGAUGUAUCUGAUUAUGUUUGUUCUGAUGGUGAAGAAGAAGAAUUGGAAGAUAUUGAGGAUGUUGCCGCUAAGAAAAUGAAAAAAGUAGUCAAACCUAAAGGCAGACCUCAUGUGGAAAUUGAAUAUGAUAAUGAAAUAAAUGAUACAAAUUGAGUUCUAGUAUUGUCAUUUUAAAUUCCAAAAACAAUUUUUAUUUUAUUU